AUGGCAGAUGAAGAUUUGUUGCCCUUUGACCCCACCAUGAAGAAGAAGAAAAAGAAGAAGAAAACUGGAUUUGACCUAGACGCUGCAAUGGGUGAGGAUGGUGGUGCUGCUGCUGAUGGGCAGCCGACUCCUGCUCCAUCUGCCCCAGAGGAAGAGGAGGAAGAACAAGUGGAUUCCCAGUCAGCACAGGAAAAAUCAGCAGAUGAUUUCUCCAUGGACUUCAUGAGUAUGAAAAAGAAGAAGAAGAAGAAAAAGGCUUUGGAUCUGGAUGAAAUUGGGGAUGCCUUGCCGGAAACUACAGAAGUGGAAACCAGUCAGAAAGAGCCUGCAGACAGCGAAUUCAGUUUUGAUCUAGACUUCAACAAAAAGAAGAAAAAGAAGAAGCCAGUAAAUAUAGAUGGUGGCCCCACGGAGGAUGGGGCCGGAGAGGAUGAUGAGCAGUUGGUUAUCGGAGAUGAUGUUGGAGCACACAAUGCCUGGAUCGGCUCCGACAGGGACUACACAUAUGAUGAGUUGCUGACUCGAGUGUUUGAUAUUAUGCGAGAGAAAAACCCGGACAUGAUCGCUGGAGAGAAGAAAAAGUUUGUGAUGCGCCCACCUCAGGUCCUACGUGUCGGCACCAGGAAAACAUCGUUUGCCAACUUUGCAGAUAUUUGUAGAUUAUUACAUCGACAGCCCAAACAUGUUCUGGCAUUCUUGUUAGCUGAGCUGGGAACCAGUGGUUCUGUGGAUGGAAACAACCAGCUCAUUAUCCGAGGCAAAUACACGCAGAAGCAGAUUGAGAAUGUCUUGAGGAGAUAUAUCAAGGAGUACGUGACAUGUCAUACGUGCAGGUCCCGUGAUACGCUGCUGCAGAAGGACACCCGCCUGUUCUUCCUCCAAUGUGAGACCUGCGGCAGUCGCUGCUCUGUGGCCAGCAUCAAGACAGGGUUCCAGGCAGUCACCAGUAAACGUGCGGCCAUUCGGGCAAAAACUGCUUAA